UCAAGUCUUCUUCUUCUCUAGAUUUCCCCUAUAUUCUCCUUGUUUUCUCAUAAAUCUAGCACCAAAUUGGUGAUUUUUGGUUUCAUCUGAGAAGCAAGAUCAAGGUUACUAUACAACAGUGGAUCAAUCGCAGCUUUGUGAGAAUUUCUUGAGCUUCAAUCUUUCCAACAUGGUAUCAGAGAUGAUUCUUUGAGAUUUCUAAUUUUUCUUGAAGCUAUUUAUUGUUUUCUGCUGGUUUUCUUGCUGCUGUUUACUGUUGGAAUUCCAUAGUUCUUGUUCUUGCUUUUCUAUUUCUGAAUCAUGGCUGGAAACUCUGGUAAUGGUGGUAGAGCUUAAGAUGUUUUCUCUAUUCAGUCUUCAGAUAAUCUGGGAGUAUUUUUGGUUUCCAAAACCCUUUGAUGGAAUAGGGUUUGGAUCUUGAAAGAGGGCUAUUCAAAUUGCUCUCAAGGCUAGGAGCAAAUUAGGUUUUUUCAAUGGAUCUUGUAAGAAACCUGAUCUGGAUUCGAUUGAGUAUGAAGAAUGGGAAAAGUGCAAUAACAUUGUCAUUUCUUGGAGUUUAAGCUCAUUAACCAAGGAAAUUUCUGACAGUGUGAUUUACAUGACUGAAGCUAGUGAGAUUUGGGAGGAGUUGGAAGAAAGGUUUGGACAAUCUAAUGGUCCACAAUAAUUCCAGUUACAAAAGGAACUAAGCCAAAUCUCCCAAGGCACUAGUAGCAUAACUUCUUAUUUCACCAAUAUCAAGAAGUUUUGGGAUGAAUUUCAGGCUCUGAGUGAGAUUCCACAUUGUACUUGCGAGGCUAAACAUGACUGGUAUAGACUUGAAGAGAAACAGAAACUCAUGCAGUUUCUAAUGGGAUUGAAUGAAUCCUAUACUAAUGUUAGAGGGAAUAUGCUCAUAAUGAAGCCUCUCCCAACAGUUAGACAAGCAUAUUCACUUUUGAUUCAAGAAGAGAAGCAAAGGGAAAUUAGAUCUCGAUCACAUUUUACAUUAGAUGGAGUUUCUUUUAAUGCAGGGAAUACUUAUAACAGAAAUGUGACACAAAUUGCUAAUAGAGGAAAGUCUGAAUUCAGGAAAUUGUUUUGCGAAUACUGCAAAAAAGCAGGACAUAGAAAGGAAAAGUGCUUCAAAUUGCAUGGAUUUCCUAAUAACUAUAAAGGGAAGAGAGAUAAGAAGUUUGUAGCUUCUGUCCAGGGAAACAACUCUGCUCAAACAAGUAAUUAUGAGGUUUCUUCAUCACUUCAGGUUAUUGGAGUUUCUGGAAAAGGACAAUUUCCUGAAUUAACACCCUUGCAAUGCAAGCAAUUGAUGGAGUUCUUGAGUAGUUCUAUUCAAAAUUCUGAUUCUGAAAAGCUACUGGCAAUGCAAAUUUGGCUUCCUCUAUGGCAGGGCCCUUCACAGAAGAGGCCACUGGUUCUUGGUAGAUCCUUCAAUGGGCUUUAUCUACUACAUUUACAGAAGGGAGUUUUGGACUCUGCACAAUCUUCCAAUUCAGCUACUUGUUCAUAA